AUGAUCACGGCCAAAUGGAACGAAGGAGUCCUUGACCUUAGCGCCGGAGACUAUAAAGAGGAGAAACGACGUAUGCUUGGAAGACAGCAGCAGCUAAUGACAAGCGUCUCCGUGUUGCGGACCAUGGGUGCACAACUUGCCGGGCGCUGGACUGACGACAUGGUCCUUAGUGAACGUGAGGUGCUCGAUGACUGGGCGCACAUCGACGACACCAUCAGCCGCUACACUAAUGUCCCCGAGGCUACGAAAAACUACGAGCGGCUCCUGGAUACUGCUAGAGCGGUCAUUCUACCUGCUAGCAACGACCCAGAUGAGACCGAGCUCAAGUUUUACCUGUUGACAAGUGACAUUGGCCGGGCUUCGACUAGGAUUUGGGGUGACAUGUUGAAUGGCCGUGAGCUUAACUUCAAGAAUGAGUUCCGGCCGUCAAAGAAAUACUUGUAUUUCAAGUUUGUUAUCUCUCUCCUCCGCAGGCGCCGUAUAGAGGUCCCUGGCUUCGAGAACGACUUAGUCAACCUUCCGUCGCCCAGCAAAGUCAUGUGGGCCUCACCUGGAUCAUAUAUGAAAAAGUCUAUUCUUUACAAGUUCUCCAGACAGCUAGGCUGUAUCUCUGUCGAGGAGGCCAAUCGAUUUUGGGAGGUUCCCGAAGCACCUACAGCGCUCCCAGCAGAGCUUGAAGAUCUCGCCACUACACUGGCGCUUACAAGUUCCUCGUCUAUGAGUGCCGAGAUUUCCGAGAGUGAGACUGGCGAGGAGGCUGAUGAUGAUGAUCCGUUUUCGGAAAAUGAAGGGGAUGAUGACAUUGUGAACAGUGAGGAUGAGGAAUAA